CUCGCCCAGCUCCACACACAGCCUCAGCCUCCGGGGAACAGCAGUGCGGUACAGGGCCAUCUGGAAAAGUGAGGGGCACCAGAGAUGGUCCUUUGCGGGCCAAGCAAAGGCGGGUCUUGCUGGGUGGGGCCUGAGGGUCUUGGAAGGUGGCCUCUGUGCUCCAGCUCAGUUAAUAGCCAACCAAGUUCCUAGGAAUCCGUGGAGGAGGAAGCUGCUAACGCCAGAGAGCUUUGGGCUUCUCGCUGGGUAACACUGCCAACUUCUGGCACUUGUGCGUUCGAUAGUUCCUGAUUGGAAAGGGUUAUGAAAAGAACUGACUGACCUUCUAUCGACCGGCUCCCGGGUCGCCUCUGCCUUUAAAGCCUCCCGCACCCAAGAGCCUGGGGUUCUGUUUCUGGUUGGGGUACCACCCAGUCUCUGGAUCCAAACUCUUGGCUUCGCAGGCACGAUCCAUGGCUGCGUUGAGCUGCACAAGGCUGAGGUGGGCGCUCCUGGGCACGCGUGUGGUGGGCCGUGGCCUCUGUCCACAGGGGGCCAGAGCCAAGGCUGCAAUCCCGGCAGCUCUCCAGGCAGAGACUGUGGAGGGUCCUGGAGGAGGUCAGGACCCGCGGCGGCUGCGUAGUCUGGAGGAGCUUCCCGGACCCGGACCGCUACGCUUUUUAUUUCAGCUAUUCCUCCGAGGCUAUAUCCUGCGUUUGCACGAACUCCAGGCGGUGAACACGGUCAAGUAUGGUCCGAUGUGGACAUCCGCCUUUGGGACUCAGACCUUUGUGAAUCUGGCCAGCGCCCGGCUCUUGGAACAGGCGAUGCGUCAGGAGGACAAGUUCCCCACACGAGACCGUAUGGAGCAGUGGAAGGAUCACCGAGACCACAAGGGCCUCAAAUACGGCAUCUUCAUCACACAAGGAGAGCAGUGGUACCAUCUUCGUCAGGCUUUGAACCAGCGGCUGCUGAAGCCCGCCGAGGCUGCACUGUACACAGAUGCUUUCAAUGAGGUGAUUGGUGACUUUAUAACCCGACUGGACCAGGUGCGGGCAGAGAGCGCAUCUGGCGACCAGGUGCCAGACAUUGCUCACCUCCUCUACAACUUUGCCUUGGAAGCCAUCUGCUACGUCCUGUUUGAGAAAAGGAUCGGCUGCCUGGAGCCUAUCAUCCCCGAGGACACUACCACCUUCAUCAGAUCUGUUGGGCUCAUGCUCCAGAACUCACUCUAUGUCACUUUCCUUCCCAAGUGGACUCGUCCUUUUUUGCCCUUUUGGAAGCGAUACGUGAAUGGCUGGGAUAACAUUUUUUCCUUUGGGAAGAAGCUGAUUGAUCAGAAAGUUAAGGAGGUAGAAGCCCAGCUACAGGCAGCUGGGCCAGAUGGCAUCCAGGUAUCCGGCUACCUGCACUUCCUGCUGACCAAUGAAUUGCUCAGUCCUCAGGAGGCUAUCGGCACCUUUCCUGAGCUGCUCCUGGCUGGCGUGGACACGACAUCCAACACACUGACAUGGGCCCUGUAUCACCUUUCCAAGAACCCAGAGAUCCAGGAGGCCUUGCACAAGGAAGUGGUGGGCGUGGUGCCCUUUGGGACGGUGCCCAAGCACAAGGACUUUGUCCACAUGCCCCUGCUCAAAGCUGUCAUUAAGGAGACCCUGCGCCUCUACCCUGUGGUCCCCUCAAACUCUCGUAUCAUCACGGAAAAGGACAUUGAAAUCGAUGGCUUCCUUUUCCCCAAGAAUACCCAGUUUGUGUUUUGCCACUAUGUGGCAUCCCGGGAUCCCAGUGUCUUUUCUGAGCCUGAGAGCUUCCAGCCUGACCGAUGGCUGAGGAAUAAAGGGACCGGAAACUCCAAGAUCCAACACCCAUUUGGCUCCGUGCCCUUUGGCUAUGGGGUUCGGUCCUGCCUGGGCCGAAGGAUUGCAGAACUGGAAAUGAAAUUGCUGCUCUCAAGGCUGAUACAACAGUAUGAGGUGGCUCUGGCUCCUGAGAUGACAGAAGUGAAGUCUGUGUCCCGUAUUGUCCUGGUUCCCAGCAAGAAGGUGAACCUGCACUUUCUGCGGAGACAAUGCUGAGCUGGGCUCCUGCCUCCAUGCAGCUUGGCCAGAAGCCCUGGUGCAGCAGUUCCUGGCCAGUCUCAUGUCACAUGUAAGGAUGCCUGAUUGACAGGGGAGCUCUAUGCCUUUCCUAUAGACCCCAAACGUCUGGCAUGAUCUCUGCUGAGCAGCACGUACUCGAGACAGUAAAGUAUCUUGUACCACACAGCAAUCAGCAUCUGACCCUCAUUUGGGGGGGGGUGCACCUUAGAAUCAUGGUGGUUGCCCUGCUUGACCUACUUCUUAGAUCUGAGAGUAGCACAUGCUUCCGUAGACCUUAAUGGUAGACCUGUUAUGGACACCCCGAGAGGGCACCGUGACAGUGCCACUUUAGCUGUAAAAGCCACCACCGGAUGCCAUGAUGAAUGCUUAUAGCCCCAGCUGCCCUGGAGGCUGAAGCAAGAGAGUCAGUUGAGCCCAGGAGCUUAACACCUGAGCAACAGAGUGGAGUGUCUGUGUAACGUGACUGGGGAUCGGGGUUUGGAGGUCAUGUUCAUAGUCUGCAUUUGAGGUACUAAAGGCAAGGCAACAGUAUGAAGAUUCCCCACUCAUUCAAGAAAAAUAAAAUGUGGGACUCUCCAGCUGAGCAUGGUGGCACAUGACUUGAAUCCCACCACUUGGGAGGCAGAGGCAGGCGGAGCUCUAUGAGUUUAACGUCAUUUUUACCCACACGGUGAGUUCUGGGCCAGCCAGGGAUAUAUAGUGAAACCCUUUCUCGAAAGAGGAGAAGAGGGAGGGAGAGGAGGAGGAGGAAAGAAAAGCAAGCAAGCUGGGGAGAUAGCUCAGUGGCUCAGUGGGUAAAACACUGGCACACAAGUUUGAAGACCCGAGUUCAAGUUCCCAGAACUUACGUAAAGCUUGACAUGGCAGGAAUAGUGGAGUCUGGACUCUGGGAUCCCUGUGCUACAGUCCGAGGAGAUGGGAGGUAGAACAGGAGAUCCCCAGGAGCAUGACAAAGAAGCCCUGUCUCAAACAACCUCAUGCCUGAGGGGGUUGUCCACCGAUCUGCACCGUGGGACACUCACCCCCGUGCACACACACAGCUGCACUCCACUGUGGGACUCAGGCCUGCAUGCACACACAACAAAAUAAGUAAAGGAGAAAGAAUCUUGAAAGACUGCAGAAAUACGAAUCCACUCUUUCUGUGUUGGACUCCUGGGUCUGA